GCCCUGGUCCAAGAUGGCCUCCGGGCCUUCACGCGGGGCGGAUACCGCGGAGUGAAGAGGUGGGGCGGGGGCGAAGCAACAGGAGGGGGCUCGUCGGCCCAGACCCCGCGCCAUGCCCCACCCCCGGUUGGAAAGGGUGGCCAACGUGGUCCUGCGAGUGCCCCCCGUCGUCCUCUUGGACCGGCUCUACCGGUGGGACGUGCAGGCCUUCGCCGACACGGGGCGCCCCCUCGCGGACCAGCCUCACCUGCGGGGCCGCCGCCUGUGGAGCCUCUACUACGCCGGUCACCUGCUGUGCGUGGUGGUGGUGUUGCUGCCCCUCCGCUCUCUGGUGAGGUUGUACCUCCACCUGCUGGCGGUUCUGCUCCUGUACGUGGCCCACCGGAUUGCCUGGGACUACAUUCACCAUGAGAUGGAGCAUGGAUCCCAGGGCACCAUAUAUGAGGACCCCGUGGCACUCAGGCACUUUGCCACUGCACUCACUGGGCAGGCUGCGAUCGUCGCCCUCUGCUCCCUGCUGUUGAAGACCCGGCAGGCGGGGCUGCUCUGCGCCCUCCUCCUCCCGCUGGCUGCCCGGCUGUGCUGCCUCCCUGCCCAGGCCUUGUCCACGGUCAGCACCUUCGGCACGCUCCUUGUGGCCCUGGAGCUGCUCUGCGGGGCGGCAUCCUGCCUCGGGGUGACCUUCCGCACGGCCGCGGUGGCCUGCCGAGAGAUCUUCCGGGGCCCGGAGGUGUUUCAGCUGGUGACCCUGGGGGUGUCCCUCUGGAGACGGCUGGCCGUCCCGCUCCUGUUCUCCACCUUCUGGCUGGUCCUGUUCACGCUGCGGAUCUUCACCUUGGCCUCUUCCUCUGCCAGCCACCUUUUGUCCCAGCGGGGGUGGAUCUUCAUCAUCCUCAGCAGCGUGGCCGAAUGCUGCAGCACGCCGUACUCCCUUGUUGGACUCACCUUCACGGUCUCCUACCUGGCCCUGGGGCUGCUGCAACUGGGCAAGCUUUAUUUAGAAGGCUACGGCGCCUUCCAGAACGGUAACGUGAUGCACAGUGGCAUGACGGAGGGGACGACUCUGCUGCUGUUCGCCCUGCAGACGGGCCUUUUGGACCUGCAGCUUCUGCAGAGGACCUUCCUGCUCAGUGUCAUCUUUCUCAUCGUGGUGACCUCCACCCUGCAGUCCAUGAUAGAAAUCGCCAAACCUGUCAUGCUGGGGCUGGGGGCAUCGCAGAACAGGAGUUUCUGGAAACACUUCCGGGGAGUGAGCAUGUGCCUGUUCCUCUUCGCCGUCCCUGGCUUCAUGGCCUGUAGGAUUGCCCACUUCUUCCGCUUGGACUUCUGGCUCCUGAUCCUGAUCUCCAACUGCACGCUAACCUCCCUGCAGGUGAUGGGGACCCUCUUCAUCUAUGGCCUCUUCCUGGUCGAGCUCUUCCAGGAGACCCCGGUGCAGAAGAUGGACGAGAUCAUCUACUGUGUCAACGCCAUCAGCCGGGCGCUGGAGUUCCUGGUGGCCGUGUGCACGGUGGCCUACAGCACGUGGGAGUCCAUCUUGGGGGAGUGGACAUGGAUGGGGGCCUCGGUCAUUAUCAUCCAUGGCUACUUCAACGUCUGGCUGAGGGCCCAGUCUGGCUGGAAGAGCUUCCUGCUCCGCUGGGAGGCAGCCAAGAAGAUCAGCUUUUUACCCAGAGCCACCAGCAGGCAGCUGGCGGAGCACAACGACCUGUGUGCCAUCUGCUUCCAGGAGAUGGCCCUCGCCGUGAUCAUGCCCUGCAGCCACUUUUUCCACGAGGGCUGCCUCCGCAAGUGGUUCUACGUCCAAGACACCUGUCCCCUCUGCCACCGGGCGGCACAAGUCCCCGCUGGCCAGGGUGGCCACAGGGGCUGAGCUGCCCCAGAGGAGACACCCCACCCGGAGCACGGCGGGGUCUGUUGGCCACCAGCGCACUGCAGACUCCCGGGACAGUGGGGCGGCGAAGUCUGGUGCGUCCAGCUGGACAGAGCAGCCCAACCCUUUGCCGGCAGGACCCCUGGGGAAGAGCCCCCGUUGUGUCGCAGUUCAGGGCGGGGCAUGCCUGGACCAAGUCCUUCCCCAGAAAGAGUCCGUCCCACCACAGCCACGGAAAGCGGCCACGCGCCGGUUCUGGAAACUCUCCUGAAACCCGGCAAGUUGGGAGAGGCUGCGUCUGCAGGGCAGAGCCCUCUCAGCCCAGCCGUCUCCCAGGCGAGCUGAGAUUUUCCAGCACGCAAAGGGACCCCGGUCCCCCUUGGCCCUCGGCUCCCCUGGGUGCUCUUGCCAAGGGUCGUCAGGAGGGACCCAUGCUGACACCGUUCUGCAGGAGUGGGGAGAGAUGCAGAGACCACGGGGGGGGGGGGGCAGGGGAAACCAGACGCUGCCCACGAGCAGUCAGAGGGCCCUGGCGACCCUGUUCCCCUGCCCCCUCCUAGCCGUCCUUCACUGAAAAGCCGUGUAUCCUAUUAGCCCCUCUUCCUGCUUCUGCAGUAGAUACCCAACUUGCCAUCCAUCACUCAGGAAGAUCAACGGGCUUUUAAGUCUCGUGCCACGGAGAACCGGGUUUUGUUUUUUCUUUUGAAUCGGGGUUGCCAAGCUUUGCUCAGAAGCCCCAUGGCCGGGUUCACCAUUUUUGCUGCGUUGCGCUUGGGAAGCCCGUAGCUGAAUUCAGGCUGCCUUGAGCCCGGCGCGCAGCCCUGUGGCCACCUCCUGGGUUGGGCGGGGCGUGCACCGUGUCCUCACAGUCCGUAGGGCGGGCUGGCGGGUGGCCACCUUGUGUCCCCACAAAGGAUCUUUGUGAAUCUUCCCAGGGUUGGCCCAACCCACUGAGGCGACCAGGGCACCCUGCGGACAUGGGUUCCUCCUCUGCCAGUUGUAUGUCGUGGUGGUCACAUUGCAGAACGGACAUCCAAGGCCAGGGUCUCUUGCUGUCAGGCUACAUAAAGGACAGGCGUGGACCUACUGUGUGCAACCAGGAAGAAAAGAAAACCCACAACAGGGCAGAGGGCAGUUUCUGGACAAAUCAUGGCACCGUUAACCGGAGUGGGGGGAGGGGGGAGGAUAUCUGAACCUCUCCCUCCCCCCCUCCGAUUCAAAGUGCUUCUGCAAGGGGGCUUUCUUGAGAGAAUCCUCAAAUCCUGCAGG